AUGAAGCUAUUCACGGCAUCCCUCAUCUUCUUCUCAUGGCUCGCCCAGCUUUCGUCCUUCGCCACAGCCGACAGGAUCCUCGAGUCCAAGUCCCUCAACAGUUGUCAACAGGGCUCUUUGUUGACUGCUAGUCUUUUCCAUGUUGUAGUCACCCCAAACAACUCGGUUGCCACCAUCAACGUCAACGCUGUUGCCUCGGUCCAGGGCAAAGUUCUCUUCGAUGUCGCCCUCAAUGUCUAUGGAUACCAGUUCAUCCGUCAGGUCGUCGACCCUUGCUCUGGUAGCCUUGAGCUUCCCAGUCUUUGCCCCAUGACCCCAGGUGAUAUCGACAUCAAGUUCAACGUCCCGCUUGGCGAUGCAUUGGACCAAGUCCCCAAUAUCGCAUACGGCAUCCCGGACUUGGAUGCUACUGUGCGUGCAUAUGUCAACAUGACAUCCACUGGAGAGAGCGUCGCAUGUGUUGAGGCAGACUUUUCCACUGGAAAGUCUGUUGAGCAACUGUCGGUCAAAUGGGUUACCGCCAUCAUCAUCGGAAUAGGACUCGUUUCCUCAGCUCUGAUCUCGCUGGCAGGCUACGGAAAUGCAUCCGCUCAUCUUGCUGCCAAUACCCUAGCUCUGUUCACAUACUUCCAAGCCCAAGCUAUUAUUGGUCUCACAGGAAUUACCAUGCCUCCUAUUGUUGAUGCCUGGACUCAGAACUUCCAAUGGUCCAUGGGCAUCAUCCGCCUCCAUUGGAUGCAAGAGGUCUUCACCUGGUAUCAACGCGCUACAGGCGGCACACCCGCUCGCAUUUUCGAUCAUCUUGCUACUUCUUCGGUCCAAGUUGCCAAACGAUCUAUCGAGUAUAUCCCUGGCGCUGCGGCUUUGGUCCGUCGUGGCUUUGCCAUGUCGAAACGAUCCAACAUUGAGCUUGAGAAUGGCUCAUUCCUGGUCUACGGUAUUCAGCGCGUGGCCUUCCGUUCCCGAAUCGAGACGACGAAUCUUUUCCUCACUGCGCUCACCUUCUUCAUCGUCUUCAUCAUCUUUGCUUGCCUCCUCGUUCUUAUCGCCAAGGUUAUUCUUGAUCUUUGCGCAAAGCAGGCUUGGAUCAAGCAAGAACGCUUCCUUGAGUUUCGAAUAGAGUGGCGCACACUCCUCAAAGGCAUCCUUCUUCGGCUUACCCUCAUGGGCUUUGCUCCUAUCGCUAUUCUCUCUCUCUGGGAAUUCACUCAAGUUGACUCGGCUGCCCUGGUAGUCCUGGCUGUCUUCUUCUUCCUUGCCGUCACAAUCACCCUCGCAUUGGCAGCAUUCAAGAUCAUCACCUUUGCCAGACAUAGCAACCCAGUCGUCACUCUUUACUCGGACUCGCGCAUUUUGAACAAGUGGGGUUUCUUGUAUAUCCCAUACCGAGCAACUGGCUACUACUUCGUCGUGCCCCAGCUUGCGUAUAUCCUCGUCAAAAGCAUGUUUAUCGCCCUGAGCCAAAAGAGCGGCGUAGUCCAAGCGGUUGCCCUCAUCAUCAUCGAGGUGGCUGCUUUGAUCGCCACAAGUGUCAUGCGUCCCUUCAUGGACAAGAGCGUGAACUCGUUUAACAUCGCCAUCUUCGUGCUCAACUUUCUCAACGCCAUCUGCCUCUUCAUCUUUACCAACGUUUUGGGUAUGCCCAGAAUGGGCCCUUCGGUCACCGGGCUGGUCCUCUUUGUCGCCAAUGCUGCAUUCUCUCUCAUCCUUCUCCUCAUGAUCAUCAUAUCGAGUGCGUUGGUGUUUUGGCGAAAGAAUCCAGAUGCACGAUACCAGUUCAUGGCUGAUGAUCGAGCAUCCUUCAUGAAGUCCAAAUCGUCCACACAGCUUGACACAAUGACCCAGCUCGAGGCUCUGGCUGCCACCGCCCGUGGGGACCCAACUGGUCAUUCUCGCCCGGUUUCAAAGUCAUCAUCGGAACUAGCAGCUCAAAUCUACCCUCCAGGCCCGCUGCAACAAACUGCGAGCUCUUCCGUUUCGUCAAGAAGCCCCAACAAAGAUUCUCAAGUCGACAUCAGGACAGCGGAACGCUAA